CCAAAUCUGUACGUUACGUGUGGAUCGCCAGGAUUCGGGAGUGCUGUAAAGUUGUUUUGCGUUAAGGCCGAAGAUAGGCUUGGAAGAGGGUACCUGCUGCUUUGCUGGGUUUGCUGUUUGCACCGCUUUCCUUCCAUUUCCUUACAUUUCUUCAAUAACAAAGAAGAAGACAUGGCCGAUGCGCUUCUCUCUGUUGUCUUCCAGGUGCUAAUUGACAGGAUGUCUCGCGAGGUGCUUGACUUCUUUGGGGGGCGAAAACUCGCCGAGGGGCCCUUAAGAAAUCUGAGGAUAGCAUUGCUGUCUGUGAAGGCGGUGGUGGAGGACGCGGAGGAGAAGGAACUCACGAACCCUGAUGUGAAAGUGUGGCUUGAUGAGCUGAAAGAUGCUGCUUUUGAUGCAGAAGACAUCUUGGAUGAGAUUGCUACAGAAAUUCUGAGAUGCAAGUUGGGUGCUGAGUUUCAGACAACUGCAAGGAAGGUACGAAACUCUGUAUCUACUUUUCUUAAUCCCUUUUUCAAGAAGAUGCAACGGAAGGUGGAAAGGGUACUUGACCGAUUAGAAUAUCUAGCAAAGCAAAAUAAUUUCUUAGGUCUAAGAGAAGGUCUUGGAGGGAAAUCUUCUGAAAGAUUGCCCUCCACUUGUUUGGUUGAAGAAUCUGGUAUUUUUGGUAGAGAUGAUGAUAAGGAGGCAGUAAUUAACUUGUUGCUGUCGCACGAUGCAAGCGGGGGUGAGAUGUGUGUGAUUGGCAUAGUGGGUAUGGGGGGAAUUGGCAAGACCACCCUUGCUCAGCUUGUAUACAACGACAGGAGGGUGAAGGAGAAUUUUGACCUUAAGGCAUGGGUGUAUGUGUCACAUGAAUUCGACGUGUUUAGGGUCACCAAAACUAUUCUAGAGGCAGCAACUUCGUCAACUUGUGAUAUUAAGGAUCUGAAUGGGCUUCAAGUUACACUUAAGGAGAAGUUGGUGGGGAAAAAAUUCCUACUUGUUUUAGAUGAUGUUUGGAAUAGGAAUUAUACUGACUGGGAAAUCUUAAUUAAUCCCUUUAAAUUUGGGGCGCAAGGAAGUACGGUUAUUGUAACAACGCGUGAUAAUGAUGUCGCCUCCGUGGCACGCUCUAGUGAGACUCGUUGUCUGAAAAAGUUAUCAGAAGAUGAUUGCUGGUCAAUAUUUUCAGACCAUGUGUGUCACAAUGUUGACUUUAAUGCGCAUCCUGAGCUAGAGGCAGUAGGUAGACAGAUUGUGAAAAAAUGUGAGGGCCUACCUUUAGCUGCCAAAAUGAUUGGUGCUCUCUUGAGGUCAAAAUUAGAUGUUGAAGAAUGGGACAAGAUACUCAAGAGUGAAAUAUGGGAUUUGCGAAUUAAGGAGACAAACAUUCUUCCUGCUUUAAGAUUAAGCUACAAAUAUCUACCAUCGCAUCUAAAGCGAUGCUUUGCUUAUUGUUCAAUAUUUCCAAAGGGUUACGCAUUCGGAAAAGAUCAAUUAGUCUUAUUGUGGAUGGCCGAAGGUUUCUUGCAAGAACCCAAAAACAAAACAAUGGAAGAAGUUGGUAACGAUUACUUUCUUGAUCUUGUAUCACGAUCAUUGUUUCAACAAUCAAGUGGUGAUAUAUCAUGUUUUGUAAUGCACGAUCUUGUCAAUGACUUGGCCAAAUUUUUUUCUAGACAAUUUAUCUUUAGGCUGGAGGGUGAUAGUUUUUAUGGAAUUGUGAACAAGACUCGUCACUUGUCGUAUUUCAUAACAAGAUUUGAUAACUUUAAGAAGUUUGAGGCUCUUUACAAGGUUAAGCGGUUGCGCACCUUCCUGCCAUUAGAAUUCUCAAUACUGCACAACAAUUUAUCUAAAAAGGUAUCAAAUGAUCUAUUGCCGAAGCUAAGAUGUUUACGGGUACUCUCUUUGUCUCAUUAUGAGAAUGUGGCUAGCUUGCCUGAUUCAAUUGGCAAAAUUAAACAACUACGUUAUUUGGACAUUUCUUUUACUGCAAUUGAAAGGUUGCCUGAUUCCUUGUGUAAGUUGAUCAAUUUGCAAACACUCAACUUAUCAUGUUGUUAUAGUCUUGUUGGAUUGCCGAGGGAUAUGUGGAAACUCAUUAAUCUACGACAUCUUGAUAUUACUAGAACUGACAUAAUGGAGAUGCCGAUACAAUUGGGUAGCUUAAGAAGUCUGCAAACGUUGACAAAAUUUAUUAUCGGCAGCCGUAAUGGGUCUUGCAUUGGAGAGUUGGGAAAACUUACAAAUCUUCGAGGGAAGCUUGCUAUUUUGAACCUUCAAAAUGUUCUCUCUUCUACAGAUGCCUCAGAUGCCGGCUUGAAGGACAAGAAGCACAUUGAGGAGUUGGUGUUGGAAUGGAAAGCUGGUACUGUUGUUUUAGAAAGUCAAAGAAUUAUACUUGACAAUCUCCAGCCUCAUUCAAAUUUGAAAAGUCUCACUAUCAACAACUAUGGCGGUCAAAGUUUUCCAGAUUGGAUAGGGCAUGAUUCAUUCUUUAAUAUGGUAUCUCUUCACCUAAACAAGUGUAAAUUUUGUUGCAGCCUGCCAUCGCUUGGACAACUACCCUCUUUGCAGAACCUCUCUAUUGUUGAGUUUGAUGGAGUUGUUAGAGUGGGUCCUGGAUUUUAUGGUAGUGGUUCAUCUUCAAUUAUGCCAUUUAAAGCAUUGAAAGUUCUAAGGUUCGAGUUGAUGUUGAAGUGGGAGGAAUGGUUAUCCUUUGGUGCUGAAAAUGAAGGUGUAGCUUUUCCUCUCCUACAAGAGCUUUAUAUUCAUGAUUGUCCCAAGCUAACACGAAGGUUGCCCAUCCAUCUUCCUUCUUUAGCCAAACUUGAGAUCACGGAAUGUCCACUAUUGGUGUUUUCACUCCCGAUGUUUCCUGCUAUAUGUCAAUUGAAUCUAACACGUUGUAAUGAGGUUUUGUUAAAGGAAUUGCCAACUAGAAUACAGGUUCUCAAAGUUGGAGGAUGUGAUGCACUAGAUUCCCAAGCCAACAUAAUGAUGGGGCCCAGUAGUUCUCUUCAAGAGUUAGAAGAAUUGUGGGAUUUUAGAGCUCCCAAUGUACCCGAUCUUUUCAUCCCUUAA